UUGAACUUAAACGGCAACGUCGUCAGUCGUGGAAUCGAUUUUGCGAAUAGCUAUCUUCUGACCCACUCGAAGAUACAGUCGCUGCCUUCAGUCGUAUGGAAAAGAAUCGCACGAGAACUCCUGCAUUCUCACAUCCCCAAAGACCUCAAGUUGCUGCCAAUGUUAUGGCUGACCAUCUUCAAGAUGUCUAUGCUGGUGAUUUUCUACUACCACCACAUCAACGAAGAAGCAAGAUGCCUAGACUCCCUGUAGGCCCCAAUUUGACAGACUCUGAUGUUCAGUACCUUGAAAAGAAUAUCCUCUCAUGUCAUGCUCUUGCCAAAAAAACUUGCGCGUAGAAAAGCACCUGGCUAAGAUCACCUUAGGGCCAAAAUGCUUAUGCCUUUAGAAGCUACGCUUGUUUCGCUGCUUUGUAUGCUCUUUCAUUUAUCUUGGAUUUGGUACAAGUUCCUCGUUUAUGGUGUAUUGCUCAAGUCGUUCCGAUACACAAGAAAGGAUCUCUAAAUGACCCUGCUAAUUUCGACCAAUUAGUCUCACAUCAUGCUUAAGGAAACUAAUGGAAGUAUGCUUGGCUGCCACUCUCUAUGAACAAGCUCCUCCACUUGAUCCUGUACAAGAUGGAUUUCAAACCAAUCGAGGGACCAUUGACCAAGCUCUUGCCCUACAUGAACUAUGCCGCCAACACACCUUCGAUCAUAAGCGUGAACCGCC